CUUUGGCUACGGCCUUCACUUUUGACAUUUGUAAUCCAACAAGACGAAAAUUCUAAUUUGUUUCGGACGACAAGUAAAUAUAAAUAAAAGAAAAAUAGACUGAUAAAAAACCGAAAUUUAGCAUGGAGGGAAUACUCUGGAAGUGGACUAAUUAUUGGAAUGGCUGGCAGACGAGAUGGUUUGUAUUGGAAAAUGGUAUUAUUUCAUAUUACAAAUCGCAGGAAGAAGUUUGCCAAGGAUGCAAAGGAUCUGUCAAAGUUUCUGUUUGCCAAAUCAAUGUUAACUCAAUAGACAACACAAGGCUUGAUAUUGUCAUACCAGGACAGCAACACAUGUAUUUGAGAGCGCCCUCCCCACAAGACAGACAAAAAUGGCUGGUAGCUCUAGGCAGUGCCAAAGCUUGUGUGGAUUCCAAAGACUUAAAAGCUGCUGCGUUGGAAGAUACAAAUUCUUUGAGCCACAAGAAGUCUGAGUUACGAUUAUAUUGUGAUCUGAUGAUGCAGCAAGUGCAUGCAGUCAAGAGUGCAGCUACUGCAGAAGGAGGCCCUGAAACUCAGGCAAUUGAAGAUGCAUCAAGUUUACUCACAGCAACUUGUGACACCUUCAUAAGAACACUAGAAGACAUAAUGAGAUUAACUUCUAAUGCAGGUGCAAAUUCUGCCCCUUUUGAGAUGCCAAUACCAAAUAUUACUAAGAAUAACAGCACUGUAAAAACACCCAGACAAAGUAUAAAUAGAACUUUAUCACAAGAAAAUAGAUGAAAAUGUACUAUUUUUUAUUAUUUAUUCAUAGAUUAUAUAAAAAAUCAUAAUAUGUUAUAUUCAAUUGUUUAUACAACAGGUGAUACAGUUAUUGCUUUCUAAAAUGUACCAAAAAUUGAGGAUAAAAAUAUUGCAUAUUGUUCUGGGCAUAAUGUAACUGUGUUAUGAAUACUUUUUAUUUUUUGAUAAAAUACGUUAUGUAUUUUAUAGCAAUAUCAUAAAGUAUUGAUGUAUACAUACAUAUCUUAAACAUUGUACUUACUGUUUGCUAUUACAAAAGUUGUAAUACCUGGAUUACACCUCAAGUGUUUUUGUGUUCCUUGUACUUAUAUGUAUUGUGCUUGCAUAAUAAUAUAUUCCUGUGAUAUAAAUAAGUGAAGCAGCUGUUUAUCACAUAUAAAUACGGCUAUCAUAAUGCCUAAAAUAAAUCUAAUAAGUUUACCUACCCCAAGUCAAUGUAUUUUGUAUAAUUGUUUAACUAUCAUAUAAAUAUUAUAUUUAAAUUAUUGGUUUGUAGUAUGAAUUAGUUCUUAAGUGACUCAUUGAAUGUUCUGUUUUGUUGAAUAAUAGAGAAUUAUUUAAGCACUGAUAAUAGCAUACAUUCCAUGUAUCAAAAUUGAUUUCAGAGCACCAAAAAUGGUAAUUUUAAGUGAAAACUUAUUUAUUAAAACAAAUUAUUCAAGGGUGGUUUGUUAUAAUCUUCUUGUACUCAAAUCAAAAUUGUAAUUUUUCACGUUAAUAAACAAUAGUGAUGAAUAAUAAAAGUAGAUAAAACAAA